UGUUUUUCUGUCUUCGAUUCCGAUCAAAGUAUUAUUUUUUGUACUUAAAAAUAAUAAUUAAACAUCUUUUAAUUAUUUAAGAAACAUUUAAUUGAAAAGUAAAAAUUUAUUUGAUCGAAAAAAGAGCAAAAGACGAUAUUUCCUGUCGUCUCUUCAGGCGGUGAUCGAAAAAGCGUGGCAACCGGACUAAUCUGGCCGACGGUCGGAGUCCCCGGAGAGGCCGCGAGGUCGGAAGAAUGAGCGAGAUCUGGAUCCAGUGUUUCACCUGUUGCGUCACCGAACAGCCUCCUCCCAAGAGGCGGCAUCGAAUAGACCGUUCAAUGAUAGGAAGUCCCACAAAUUUUCGACACACGGGUCACGUGGGUUCAGGAGAUAUGAAUAUUCACUUAGAUACAUUACAAAAUCAAAUGGCUUCUAAAGGAGGUUAUGAAUAUGCUCUACCAGUUAGUGUUCAAAUUCCAGUUGUGGAUGUAAAAAAUUAGAUUCGAAAUACAAAAAAAGUGUACAGUCAUCGCUCGCUUCUUCUUGCCGGACUCGAAGACAAGAAAUGGUACCACGCAUCACAUUCUGAGAAUUUAUCCGAGAAAUCGGUGUCUAUCGCUAAAAUAUUUACGUCAUUUAAUAAGAGAGAGAUCGGGGAACGAAACACGUUCUCCGUUAGAGUCGUAGAAUAGAUAUAAAUACGCGCAUUUUCACAUCCGUAACAAAAUUCGUUCACUUCGAGUAAUUUAUAUAGCACGCUUAUACUGUAGAGUAAGAAAACUAAUAAUUACCAAUUCUGCCUUCAGUCCUAUUAUAUACAUAUACAUAAAUAUAUAUAUAUAUAAAUUAUGGAGAAAGUGUUAGAGGAUAGACUAAAAUCAAAAUAUAUCUUAAUGAGUCGUUAUCGCAAAGAAAAAGAAAAAAUUCGUGGUCACUGCCAGGCAUCUCACUAUUUACUGUCUCGUUUUAAUAACUAAAUCUCGAUGAACGUUUUCGACGCUUCCUUUUACUAUUCUUUUUAUCUAUGAAAACUAAGGUCUUCCGAGUUUUUUUAGAAAAUUUACAAAACGGACCAAAUUUUAUUUUUACUUGUCUACGGUAGUCGGUAUUUUAUUUACUCGGAACAUCGUUCUACCUCCAUUUAACCGACUCAUCUAACUAACCAAUGUAUUUCUGAUGUUUUCAAUUUUUAAAUAUCGGCUAACCGUUCCUUCUGACAGAAUAGUACUUAGUCUAAUCGUGUGGUAUGACAUUUUAAUAUCAAAAUUCUUCUUUCCAACCAUCGAAUUUUCUAACGUUCGUCUUUAAAUUUUAUAAAUUUUGAAAUACUUUUACGAAUAAUUUAAGAAGACAACAAAACUUUGUUUUUUUUUUUUUAGAAACUAGCACAAAUUCAAAAGUAAUUCCAAACCAUUUUUCGAAUAUAAGAACGUUUCGCUCCGAGACGUCGAAGACGAACCGCAUUCGUUUAUAUACAUAUAUACAUACAUACAUUUUUAUUAUUAUUUUUCGAUCAAUUUAUGUAAAAAUGUUUUAUAGCUUUUGUAUUUUCGCUUUCUCGAUCUUCGCGUUCUAUAUUUUGUAUUUAGUACGAGAAAAUUUAUAGUUUAUCGCGAUCGCACUCGCGUUUAAAUUCGCUCCGACGAAUUUCGCCGAAGUUCGUCACGAAAUUGCUCGCGAUCGCCGAUUCGAAUCGAAAUGCGUUCAGUCCGUGCGAUUUUCGAGUUCGGUCGUCGCUGUUUUCAUUUUUACCCGCUCCAUCGACCAUACGCACCCAGGACGAUCCCCACUUCCGUGUAACGCGCACGUGGUAUAUUAGUAUUCUCUGGUACGACGAAUCGGAUGUCGAUAGGCGAUCGGUCAUCGAUAUUACUCUAAUACCUUUUUUUACUUGCGCUUUACGCCGAAGAAAGGAUCGUGCCUUAGCGCAAAGCGAUGGUGUUCGAAGUUAUUCGGCGAUCCGAACGAAAAAUCUCGUUUUCUUGGGGCGACCUCCGGACCGAAAUCUCGCUCUUUUUCCCCCCUUUACGUUUCGAACGAGAUUUGUAAAAAAAGCGACCGUCGUUGCGCUCUCGAAGCGAAACGAGACGGAAGGGAUCCGCGUUUCCGAAGGCUGAAUAUCGUAAAACGUUUACUUCCUGCGGAAACGAGACGUUUCGUCCGGGAAAAACGUUUCUGUGAUGAACGAAAAUUGUGUAUAUGAUCGAAUUCUGUUAGAAAAAUUUCCGGUAAUUAUAAUUUAUCUAUUGCCUGUUACUAAAUUAUUAAAUAUAAACAUUACCAAUAAAAAUAAGCAGUUACAUUAAAGUCUUUUGUCCAGUGUACUUUAUUUCCUUCCCUUUCACCGUCGCGGUUUGCGCUUUUUACAAUAACCAUAUGGCGGGAUUCGAUUAACGACAAAUUCGAAAGACCAUACCGAUAUAAUGGAAAACGAUCGAUGAAAAUUGAAUUCGUAAAAUUUCCUAUUACAUGUAUAAAACAUAUAAAGGUAAAUAUUUUUAAUCUUAUUCGUUAUGUAUAAGAAGUAUUGUUAUUUUUCUCUUAACACCUUUAGUUCCCAGCAAUUUUUGUUUUUAAGAUACGGCGCGAAAAUAUACAUUAUAUGCCGAAUUCGUCUCGUCACAUCCUUUAUAUUUUGACACGGUCUAAAGAUAAUCGACGACCGGCUUCACCAAAACAUUUUUGUAACGAUUUGAGAAUUCUCGGUCUGGUGGGAAUCCUUGUUCGUCAGCUAUUUUCGGGGAGCAAGAAAUUCUUAACAUUAAAAAUAAGAACUAUACGAAAUUUGUUGGACGCUAAAAUAUAAUUUGUAUUAUUACAUGUAUUUUUAGGAA